AUGUCGAAGCCCUGGAUCCUGGUCUCGCCGUCCAGCCGGGGCAUAGGCUAUGCCCUGACGCGGCAUCUCCUCCAGAGGACAACGCUCCCCAUCGUAGCGACGUGCCGGUCACGGGACACCUCGGCAACCAAGGCCUCGCUGCUGGAGCAACUGCCAACACUGCACCACCAGGACAAGGAGGACCAGGCCUCUCGGCUUGUCGUGUUCCCGCUGGAUGUGACGGACGAGGGCAGCAUCCGAGAGGCUGCGGAGCAUGCUGCGGAGCUCUUCCCGCCGCGGACGCACCACCUGCACCUAGGUUUUGCGAUGCCGGGGAUCCUGCACCCGGAGAAGAGCCCGGCGCAGGUGGAUGCUGCCGACGCGGAGAAAACGUUCCACGUCAACACUCUGGGGCCGCUGCUGCUGAUGAAGCACUUUGGGGAGCUUCUGCCUCGGAAACGGGACGAGUUGGCCAUCCCUGGGGGCGGUGGAUCGGACAGCGGAGGCCCGGGGAAGCUCCUGCCGCUGCCGCGGCACGCGACGUGGCUCAACAUGUCGGCGCGCGUGGGCUCCGUGUCAGACAACCGGCUGGGCGGGUGGUACAGCUACCGGGCGUCCAAGGCGGCGGUCAACUCGCUGACGCGGACGUUCGACCUGCACCUGCAGAACCGCAGCGGGGCCAAGGCCAUGGCCGUCGCGUACCACCCGGGCACAGUCAAGACGGGGCUGAGCCAGGAGUUCUGGGCCAACGUGAAGGAGGAGAAGCUGUUCAGCCCCGAGUUCGCCGCCGAGAAGAUGUGCGAGGUCGUCUGCUCGAGAGAGCAGGAGCACAGGGGCCGGAUCUGGGACUGGAACGGCAGCGAGAUCAUGCCCUGA